CCCCUUCCCCUGUUUCCUGAUUUGGAUCAUGAAGUCUCCAAAUAGGAGCCGGAGUCGGAAAUCCUCUCAUGGUUUUCCGAAUCGAAUUAGGAAUAGGAAUAGGGAUCCGAGUAGGGGCAGGAAAUCUUCACAUUGUUCUCUUCUAUUUUUAGCGCUCUCCUCCUCCUCUUCCUCCCCCUUCGGAUCCAAAGGUGUUUCUUUUCGUUUGUGUUCCUUCGAGGUUGUUGCUCGGAUGGGAAGUCUUCAGGCAGCGGAGAUGAAUGAGGAUGAGUACACGAAGCUCAUCCGGAUGAUGAACUCCGCAAGGGUUGUCAUCGACAAUGAUGCCUGUGAGGAUAGUACAGUAGUUCAGGUGGACUGUGUCAAGGAACAUAUGCUACUCCUGCAACUUGUUCAAGUCCUUAGCGAUCUGAAUCUUGUCAUCAAGAAGGCCUACAUAACUUCUGAUGGAAACUGGUUCAUGGAUGUCUUCAAGGUUACCGAUCGUGAGGGGAAGAAGCUCAGAGACCAGAAGAUCCUCGACUAUCUAAAGACAUCCCUGGAAUCGACUGCAUGCUCCUUGACAUCAUUCCGGAGUACAGUUGGCAUCCUUCCUUCCAAGGAUUACACCUUGCUGGAGCUAACAGGCACCGACAGACCUGGUCUACUCUCAGAAGUAUGUGCUGUUCUCAACGACCUCAACUGCAAUGUGGUCAAAGCUGAAGUCUGGACUCACAACACUCGAACUGCUGCUGUCGUCCAAGUCACGGACAAGUCCACCCAUGGCGCCAUCGACGACCCAAAUCACCUCUCCAAAAUCAAGGCGCUUCUGUUCAAUGUUCUCAAAGGGGACAGCGAUUCGAGUACUGCAAAGAUGACUGUCUCAGUUGGGCUCACCCACGCAGAGCGAAGGCUACAUCAGCUGAUGUUAGAUGACCGGGAUUACGAGCAUUCUGUGGUGGCAGAAAAGCUCAAGAAGAAGUCAAGCACUCAAGUUACUGUAUUGAAUUGCUCCGAUAGAGAUUACACAGUGGUCACCGUGCGGUCUAAGGAUCGGCCGAAGCUUCUUUUCGAUACUCUUUGUGCUCUCACUGACAUGCAGUAUUCAGUGUAUCACGGCACAGUUGAUGCAGGAAAUAGUGAAGCCUAUCAGGAACACUACAUCAGGCCCAGCGACGGCCAUCCGGUGAGCUCAGAAGCUGAACGACGGCGAAUCAUACAGCAUCUCGAGGCAGCUAUCGAGAGAAGAGCAUAUGAGGGACUAGAACUGGAGUUGCAUGCUGAGGACAGGAUCGGUCUUCUCUCUGAUAUCACUCGCAUAAUUCGAGAAUGUGGCUUAUCCAUCAGAAGGGCUGAGAUCACAACAGAGGGUGGCAAAGCAAUGGACACUUUCUACGUGUCAGAGAUGUCAGGCAAUCUCAUUGAUGCCAAGGCCGUGGAUUCACUUAGAAGAAUGAUCGGGCAUGCAGCUCUCAAAGUGAAGCAGAGUCCUGCUCUAUCCCCUAAACCUCCUGAGAAGGCCAAUGCCACUACGUUUCUCGAUGGUCUCCUUAAAGCAUGGUGGUUUCAGGGAUUCGUCACUUCCUACUUCCUAAACUUCAGAUAGAGCUGUAGUCCUGUAAAUUCUUGUAGUCUAUGUGAAGAGAAGGAACUGUCAUCCAACCUAGUGCAGAUAUACUGAUGAUGGUUUUGAGCUCUUGUAAUCAGGCACUUGUAGAUGGUUGUACAGAAUGUGUGCAUGCUAUAAUCCAUGGAAACAGCAUCGUGUAAUCUGCACACAAAAUCUAGUUGUGUACUAGAUGAA